AAAUCAGUUAAUAAAAAGAAAAGGAAGGGCGGUGAUUGUGAUACUAAGCAGCAGAGCAUUGGAAGAGAAGUUAUAACAGAGACGAAACCAAGAUUCUCCCAAUUCUCUUUGUUUCCUUUUCACAUGUAAAUCCAAAUCCUCACUUUAUAAUCUAAAUCACUACACUUUAUUUUUUAUUCGUUUUUUGUUAAUUAAUAGAAGCCAAGCAACCAUAGUAACAGUCUGUCCCCUCUGCUUUCAAGCCAUUCAUAAGUCUGUUACUAUUAAUUAUUAUCGUUCAUCAUCAUAUCCUCUUCACAAUCUAAUCCAACCCUUUGAUCCUCCCAUCUUACUCUACGCGAUGCCUCAAGAAUCACAAUCGGAGCAAGACCCUGAUGAUUCUGAUGCCGAGUUCGUCGAAAUUGAUCCCACUGGUCGCUAUGGUCGGUAUAAAGAGGUUCUAGGCAAAGGUGCUUUCAAAAAAGUAUACAGAGCUUUUGAUGAAUUGGAAGGAAUUGAAGUUGCGUGGAAUCAGGUUAAGGUGGCCGAAUUAGUCCGUAGCUCUGAUGAUCUCGAACGUCUCUAUUCCGAAGUUCAUUUGCUUAAGACUCUUAAGCAUAAAAACAUUAUCAAGUUUUAUAAUUCAUGGGUUGAUACCAAGAAUGAGAACAUCAAUUUCAUUACUGAAAUCUUCACUUCUGGGACGUUACGGCAGUAUCGGAGGAAGCAUAAGCAUGUUGACUUGAGAGCAUUGAAAAAAUGGUCUAGGCAGAUUUUAGAAGGCCUUUCUUAUCUUCAUAGUCAUGACCCACCCGUUAUCCACAGAGACUUGAAAUGUGACAACAUAUUUGUUAAUGGGAAUCAAGGUGAGGUGAAAAUUGGUGACUUGGGUCUGGCUGCCAUUCUUCAGCAGGCUAGGUCGGCUCAUAGUGUCAUUGGUACACCAGAGUUUAUGGCACCGGAGCUUUAUGAGGAGGAAUACAAUGAGCUUGUUGACAUUUAUGCAUUUGGCAUGUGCUUGCUGGAGUUGGUGACGUUUGAUUACCCAUAUGCUGAAUGUAUUAAUGCUGCUCAAAUAUACAAGAAAGUGUCAUCAGGAAUAAAGCCUGCAUCAUUGGCAAAAGUUACAGAUCCUUCUGUUAAAGCAUUUAUAGAAAAAUGUAUUGCAAAAGUUUCUGAUCGAUUGCCUGCAAAGGAACUUAUGAUGGAUCCUUUUCUCCGACCUGAUGACGAAAAUGAAAGUGUGGGACGUUCUUUACGACAGAAAUCACAUAUUUCAGGUAGUAGUUCUGAUGAGAUGGAUGCUAAAGAACAUGAACCAGCUGAGAAAAGUAGGGACUUUACUGUGCAAGGACAGAUGAAAGAUAUUAAAACAAUAUUUCUGAAACUAAGGAUAGCUGACUCAACAGGUCAUAUUCGCAAUAUCCACUUCCCCUUUAAUACUGAGGUGGAUACAUCGAUAGCAGUUGCUAGUGAAAUGGUGGAGGAGUUGGACCUAACUGAUCAAGAUGUUUCAACACUUGCUGAAAUCAUUGACUCAGAAAUUCGGUCACACAUGCCCGACUGGGCACCCACAAAGCAUUCUUUGGAUAAUCAGUGCCCAGAGAUUACGGAAUCUGAAACUGCCUUCGAAAUUAAAGACGGUUCACCCUUGACAAAUGUAUCAACUCAUUCUUCAGGCAGUCUUCAACUGGAAAGAUUGCCUUCAGGUCGGAAGUACUGGUCUGACUCGCCCAAGGGAAGCUCUCCAAGCAAGCUUGGACAAUCAAACCAGUUGUCUCAUCAGUCUUCUCUCGGUAGUCAUCAAGAUGGUGAUAGUACAAACAUUGCUUGUUCACGUGAUCAGUUGGGAACUGAGUGUGUAUGUCAAGAAUGCAAGGAAGAGAAUGAAGCUGGCGGAUCUGUUGAUUCACAAUCUAGUAAUACUUUCACGGAUGUUGAGUCGGAUGUAACAAUACUUGUUCAAAGACUUGAAAAUCUUUUAGUAGAGCAGCAAAAGGAACUAGAUGACCUAAAAAGAAGGAAUGAAGAAGCCAUAUCAGACCUUCUGAAUGAGGCUUCUCCAGAAAUUGCACGGCAAGUUUUGAGUUUAUGUAAGCUGAACGUACCUGAUUAUAAAAUGCUAUGAGACAGUGGCAAGAUAUGCAAUUUAGAGAUACGGUCUUCCUUUAGAGUGAAUAUCAUGCUUCUGCAUAUUUCCAAUUCAGAGUAGAUGUUAACUAGAUUAUCACUAUUCUGACCCGAAAGAUUACACAUCUGAGUGGUUAGAUAUUCCACUGACAGAUGAUCAUGGUGCUGGAGAUUUCUCAAGAGCAGAUGAAGAUAUUACAAGGCAAUGCGGAUUUUGGGCGGUUUUAUGGCUGUGAAAUUAUGAUUUAAGAAACAAUGGAGCAAGUUCAUAGCUAAAUUAUGCACUUGGAUUGGUUCAUGUUGAGGUGAGAAUCAAUGAACUGGUGAUCCUGCAAAAAGUUUAGCUUAGAUUCAACAUCAUGCUUUGAGAGGUAUGGUAACUCAGGUGUCCCUUUAGCAUGUCGUUUCCGCAUACAAUGGAUUUAGUUGCUUGUCGUUUUACGUUUGAUUAGGUUAGUCAACUAUUUUUUGGAGUACAUACUUGUAAAUAUGCUUUACGGAACUUUCGUUUCAGUUAUACGUAUAAUCUCUUACUUUUUGUUGGUGCUUUUUGGCAUGGUAUGGAAUUUUGAUGAACUCAACAGAUUUGAGGGAUUUUUGGCAUUGUAAUGUUACUAAUCACUUAUCUAUUUAUGAAUUGAUUGUUCUAAUUGA